CUCUAGAGAAGUCACCACUCUGUCACACGGGGGCAAGGAAGGUAGAGGCUGGAACCGCUUGACCUGACCCUGAGUGCACCUCAGAGGACCAUUGUGUGCGACCCAGCCACGCAUUGACCUGGACGUCUGCUGGUCCUGCUUCUGAGGAAGAGGAAGAGGGAGAGGAAGCGAGAUGUACGGGCUGCUGUGCGAGAGCCUGCACGACUUCAUCAAGGAGUCGUAUGGGGACGACGUGUGGAAGCUGGUGCGCGAGCGCGCCGACGUGCGCCUCCACUCUUUCGUCACACACCAGGUCUACAGUGAGAGCGUGAUCCCCCGGAUUGCCAAAGCUGCCAGUGGAGUGACAGGGACACCCUACAAUGAGCUCAUGAACUCCUGGGGCGUCUACUUCCUGGGCUUCGUCGGGAAGUACGGCUAUGACAGAAUCUUAAAGGUGCUGGGUCGGCAUGUGCGUGACUUUGUGAAUGGUUUGGAUAAUCUCCAUGAGUAUCUGCGCUUCAGCUACCCCAAAGUGCAGCCUCCCACCUUCUUCUGUCAGGAGGAGUCGGCCACAGGGGUCACCCUGCACUACAGGAGCAAAAGAAAGGGCUACCUUCACUACGCCAUGGGUCAGCUGAGGCAGAUGGGCAAGCAAUUCUAUGACACAGACAUUCAUGUGGAGGUGCUGUCCGAGCAGCUGGUGGGAGACUACUCCCACGUCACCAUGAGGUUGAACUUUGACAACUCUGCCUACCGCUACAUCCAGAAAGAAGAUGAGGAAGAGCAGGAGAUCUUACCGAUAACCAGCGAUUUCUUUUUUGAAGUGUUCCCCUUCAACAUUGUUUUCAGACAGGACAUGGUGGUGCACAAUGUGGGUUCUGGCCUGGCCACAGUCUUCCCUGACCUGGAUGGGAAGAAGAUCAAUGAUGCCUUCCUGCUGGCUCGCCCCCUGGUGGAGUUUACCUGGAACAUGAUCAUCUCUCAUCCAAACAAUCUGUUUGAGAUCAUGUCCAAAGAGCCAGUAAAGAGAGAGAGAAACCUGCACAACCGCGUUCAGAAUUCGGACUAUGAGAAUGCCAACCGCACAGCCGAUGUGGAUGUGGAGCUCAUGGCCUUCCAGUCCAUCAUUGGUGACGACUACAAAGAUGGGAACAGUGCGAACGCCAUGGAGAGCUGGGGCGACGGCAGUCGCUGCCUCAAACUGAAGGGCCAGAUGAGAUACAUGCCCGAGUGGGAGUCCAUCAUCUUCCUCGGCACGCCUGUGAUGGAGAGCCUGAGCGCCAUGUUUAAGACAGGUCUGUACAUCAAUGACCUGAGCAUGCACGACUCCAGCAGAGACCUGGUGCUGGCAGGCACUCAGCAGUCAGAGGAGCUGAAGAGAGCUCUCAUUCAGGAGCAAAAGAAGUCCAGUAAGCUGGAGGAGAGCAUGAAGAUGCUGGACUACGAGAUGAAGAAGACAGAUGACCUUCUCUACAGGAUGAUACCUAAGCCUGUGGCCAAGAGACUGCGCAAAGGAGAGCCAGCCGUCAAUACCUGUGAGGUGUUUCCUGACGUGACCAUCUUGUUCAGCGAUGUGGUGGGCUUUACACGAAUCUGCAGUCACAUCACACCCAUGCAGGUGGUGUCCAUGCUCAACACCAUGUACACGCUCUUCGACACGCUCAGCGAGAAGCACCGUGUCUUCAAGGUGGAGACUAUUGGUGAUGCUUACAUGGUUGUAGCUGGGGCCCCUGAGAAGACCAAGUACCAUGCCCACAACAUCUGUGACAUGGCUCUGGACAUGGUGCGCUCCAUCGACCACCUGAAGGACCCAUCCAAUGGAAACAACAUUCAGAUCAGAGUGGGCAUCCACUCUGGGAUGGUGGUGGCUGGUGUUGUUGGUCAUAAGAUGCCGCGGUAUGGUCUCCAUGGUGAUACGGUUCACACUGCGUCUGCUAUGGAGAGUAAUGGAAAGGAGAUGCACAUCCAGCUGAGUAGCGCCACCUACGAGCACCUCAAGGGCAGCCACUUCAUCUUCGAGAGGCGCGGCACCAUCACCAUCAAGGGCAAUGUGGAGAUUGAGACAUACUGGCUGAAGGGGAAGAGAGACAAAGACGGGAAUGCUCAGGCAGCCUGCCCCCAGUUUGAGACACAGACCAUCAGCAAGGCCACAAUUUCUGCCUCAGAUCCUCCUAUUAGCGAGGAGGUGCUGGUUUUCCCCUCUGUGGCCGGCGAGGAUGAGGAGGAGGUCAAGUCCAUCCGCUCGCACCGCAUCAAAAUGGAAGCCUCUGGAAACUCUCUGGAGGAGUCCAUGGAAGAGUGCAGGGUGGAGGAGAUGUCCAUGAGUAAGUCUCAUUAUAAAGAUGCGCUUCAGGACGGCAGUCAACAAGACCCUCGCAUAGAGCUCGACUCCCCUGACUUCGACGGGAGGGAUUCCAUCUUGGAGUCUCCCGACGGUUCGUGUGACUCCUGCAGCUCGGAGAAGAGUGCCAUGUGCACGGUGUCAUGAACCGCAGACCUGACGUCAAUUUGAAGCUAUCGCCGCGCAGCGCAGACCUGCAGUCAAUUUGAAGCUAAUGCUACAGCUUUUGUGCACAGCUUUAACUGAACUUUCUAACCUGUGUGUGGAUACAAGCUUUUUGUAUGUCAUCACCUCUGGCUGACUGCUGUUCUCAAGGCUUGAUUGUGCAUAUUAAAUGUAUACAAUAACAGUUAUUUCUAAGACAUAAAUGUAGUUCUAAUUGAAUUAAUAUUAAAUGUAUACACUAACAGUUAUUUCUAAGACAUAUAGUAGUUUUCUUACUCGAAAGCAUGAAUACAAUCCCAGCUGCUAUAGCGAGUAAGUUAUUGUUUUGUAAAUGUCCAGAGUGCGUUGCACAUGUCUGGUGUUUCGGUGAAUCCAUCAUUAUCUUUUUGUUCUAUUCCUUUGUAUGUUUUGUUCCAUGUUAUUCGACUCAUAAUCAUGAGUAGUAGAAUAUCUGUGGGAUUACAAGUGAAGGGUCCUUUGCGGUAGAAAUCUCCACUUAAAGCCACUUGUUAGCCUUCAGUCAAUACGUAUUGAUUCAUUCCACUGCUGCUUUCAGAACGAAUGUUUGUCCUGUGCUCACCAAUCUGACCCUAUUGAAUGGAAACAGCACGACUUGCACCCACACUUGUGUUGUUGUUGAUUGCUGUCACCCAUAUGAAGCACUUAGUGCUGUUGUUUUGUUUUGGAGUGUUUACACACUUUUGGACCUGCAUGAUUCUAUGAAGCUGCUUGUGUGUGCUGUGUUCUCACUGGUUGGACAAUGUGUGUGUGUGUGUGUGUGUGUGUGUGUGUGUGUGUGCGCGUGCAUGCGUGUGUGUGUGUGUGCUCGUGGUCAUGUGCUUGUGUGCGUGUGUGUGUGUGUGUGUGAGUGUGUGCAUGUGGGUGUAUGAUUAUAUGGUCAGCGUGCCGUGAUAAUAAAU